AUGGUUCACGCUCAGAAGGAGGCGGGCAAGGGACGGACGGGGUGCAAGGGUCGCCGGAUGGCCGAGAGGGCUUGUUUCUCGCCCAGCCUGCUUGUCUCUAAUCCCUGUUGUCAAGUGGGCGCCGAUCUCUUGCGCAUUUGUGCGUGGUAUCCGUUCCGCCGCUUGGCGUUGAUCGGAUUUGGCAUUUGUGUGGGUGGCGCGCAGAACCUCAAGGCGGAGCUCAUUGACCCGAUAUGGCUGGCCCCCUGCUGGCGUUUAAGACAAGGGGAGCUGGCAUUCAUGCGCGAUGGUUACGUGUGUUUGGCAGCCAAUUCAGUCAAGUCGAUACUCCUUGCUGGCGAGCAUUUUUGCCUUGGUUUCUUGUCUAUCCUGAAGCUCAGCGGACGGGCAUCAACGUAG